AUUAACCAUUGCCGGCCCUCAAUGAUUUCAACCAAAUCAACAUUAUAAAAGAUGAACAUGGUCAAUCUCAAGCAAAAAUACCCUAAAUUAUUUUAUUAAAAAAAUAAACAAGGCACUACCAUCCUCUGUCUCUCUCUACUUAGCUGUCUGUUGCGCCUCUCUUUCUCUCUCCUUUCCCCCCUCCCUCUCUCUCUCUAUCUGUCCUACCUGUCUGCGAGUUUCUGCUGCAUCGGAAGAUCAGUUGGAGAGCUCUAACGUGUAAUAUCGUAUACAACUGAACUCAACAGAAGUAUUUGGAAAUGGUCAACAGGUAUGGAGAUUUUUGAUGUGCAGCAAAUAUCAUGGUGCAGUGUAUAGAUGGAAUUCAGCAUUUAUUUCUUUCCCUUUUGCGAUGUUGUGAAAUUGAUGGUUCUAAACCACCCCGAGGUCUUGAAGAUCCUGAGCGUUUAGCGAGGGAGACUGUCUUUAGUGUGAGCGAGAUAGAGGCACUUUAUGAGCUUUUUAAAAGAAUCAGCAGUGCUGUGAUUGAUGACGGUCUCAUUCAGAAGGAAGAAUUUCAAUUGGCAUUGUUUAGGACAAACAGAAGGGAGAGCUUGUUUGCUGAUAGGGUCUUUGACUUGUUUGAUACAAAGCAUAAUGGAGUUUUAGGUUUUGAGGAGUUCGCUCGUGGACUCUCUGUAUUCCAUCCACAAGCUCCCAUCGAACAGAAAAUCGAUUUUUCUUUUAAGCUAUAUGAUCUCAAGCAACAAGGCUACAUUGAGAGGGAGCAGGUGAAGCAAAUGGUUGUGGCCACAUUAGCUGAAACUGGUAUGAAUCUUGCAGACCAUGUCAUAGAAGAAAUCAUCACCAAGACCUUUGCUGAAACAGAUACCAAACAAGAUGGUAAGAUUGACAAAGAAGAAUGGAGAACCCUUGUCUACCGACAUCCAUCUCUGUUGAAGAACAUGACCCUUCAAUAUUUGCAGGAAAUUACAAUUACAUUUCCGAGCUUUGUGUUCCAUUCUCAAGUUGAUGAUACCUGAGUUCCAUUCCAGUUUUGAUCUUUGGAUCGUCGUUUCAUCUUGUUUAUUUUAUUGAUUGAUUUUGCUUUUACCAGACGAAUAUUCAGCAUGGGUUUUUUUCCUUUGUGGAACCCUUUUGUACAGACUGCAGAGGUUCUUGCUUCACAAACUCUUAUGAAUUAUGAUUAGCUUUCAAAUAAUGUAAUUUCUUUCUUUUGCAUA